UAUUGCAUACGAAGAUGACCACCAUUCACGAGCAAGGAGACUGCGUGCACUUUCCGUUCUUGCAACUCCCACCUGAGCUGCGCCUCCGCAUAUUGAAAUAUGUGCUGCAGGAUCCACGUCAACUCAAAUACUAUGAUGAUCCUCGCCUUAUCUGUCGGGCAGUCAGGGAUAUUGUUGAUAACAAUAGAAGAAUCGUUGGAGGAAUACGAGCAAAAAGAGUAAUAAUUGGACAGCACAGCUUUUUUGAUCGUUUUCCGAAACGUUUUGUGAUGUCGGAACCUAGCCAGCUUCCGGAGUGCUUAGAUACCUGUAGAUUCAAAUACAUUGAGGAGACAUUCUUCUAUAUGAUAAGUUUUUCAAUUCAAGAAAUUUUCUAUGAAGCAAAUUUUCGCAUCAGUGCUCAAUUAAUCAAAAAUAUCUGUUCCAGCCUUUUGAAUGCUGGGCAUGUCGCUCAUCUGGUCAUGAUUGAAUGUCAGCUUCCUGAAGGUUUCGUGGAUUCCUUGAUGGAAAUGUUCAGGUGGCGCUGUCGCCUCUAUGGGUUUUUGCGGGAAUAUUUCGUUGGAUCUGCAGACAGUUUCGAAGUGUACUUCAGGACGUUUGACUUUGCCUUUUCAAGGAUCAAGUGGGCACACUCAGUCGUGACAGAAACCCUCGGUCCUGCUCGAGUCACAUCUUCUGGUGAAUUUUCAGCUAAACAGUACCGUGUCCAUCGCAACGCUGAUUACGUGCGUGACAUCUCGGUAAUAUGUACAAAAACGAGGGACCUCGUGCCGUACCCGUACGACAUAAAUAUCUUCCAAGUCUCCGGUGGUAGCUUGUAUACUGAAUCUGUUGGUGUAUAUCGGUAAUUUUUGGGUAGAGGAGAUUAGAUCCCGAAAGAGCCUGCGCGGACA